AAGGUCCAUUCUCAGCAGCUAUUACUUUAGCAGAAGUCAGAAUGUGGCACAAACUAGUAACGUUGGCAAUUUUAGUGCAAAUAAUUACCGCCGCUCCUACGAAUGAUGAGCGACGAAUCAUCAACGGCACGGAUACAACCAUUGAAGAUUUUCCAUUCAUGAUCUCACUCCGGAGUUCAGCCGGGAGUCACAGCUGUGGUGGAAGUAUCCUAUCUAAUCUCUGGAUUCUGACAGCAGCGCACUGUGUUAAUGCUCUAACUACACCUAGUCUUCAAUCGGUGCAAGUGGGUCGAACUAAUAUUUCUAGACCUGUUGACGAAUCGGUGUACCGAAUUGAAUUGGCCAUUGCACAUCCCGGAUACAACGCAUCUGAUAGCUAUGUGAAUGAUAUUGCUUUGCUAAAACUAACUACUCCCCUAGAGUUCGGAGAAUCGGUUCAACCGGUGUCGCUGCCAGCGCCUUGUUAUGAAAUAGACGAAUCAGAAUUGGGUGUAACAUUGAUUGGAUGGGGUCUCAACAAUGAUGGAAUUGUUCCAAGUAUUCUACAGAUGGUUGAUUACUAUGUAGUACCGAAUGACCAGUGCAAUGCUAUUCAUGAUAGAACCAUCUAUCCGAGUCAAAUCUGUGCAGCCGAACCAGGUGGUGGCAAGGGACAAUGCAAUGGCGAUUCUGGUGGUCCACUGCUGCACAAUGGUGUCCAAGUGGGGAUUGUAUCAUGGAGUAUAAAGCCCUGUACCAUUGCACCUUAUCCGGGAAUUUUAACGAAGGUUUCGUACUUCAUGGACUUUAUUUAUGAAAACACUGAUAUUCCUGCAGUAAACGAUGCGUUCCAGCAGUGUUCUUAG